GCCCUGGCGUGGAGGGGAAAGGCCUGGAAACGAGAGGGUUUCACUCCCUCUCUUCCCCUCUCUGGCAGGUUUACUGUCACGACCGGGAUGGAUGACUUAAACCUGCACUACAGGUUCCUGAACUGGAGGCGGCGGAUCCGGGAGAUCCGAGAGGUGCGAGCUGUCCGCUACCAGGAGAGGUUCAAACACAUCCUCGUGGAUGGCGACACGCUCAGUUAUCAUGGGAACUCGGGCGAAGUUGGCUGCUACGUUGCUCCGCGGCCCCUGACUAGAGACAACAACUACUUCGAGGUGUCCAUCGUGGACAGUGGUGUGCGUGGGACCAUUGCUGUGGGCCUCGUGCCUCAGUACUACAGCCUGGACCACCAGCCGGGCUGGCUGCCUGACUCCGUGGCGUACCAUGCCGAUGACGGGAAGCUUUACAGUGGCCGAGCCAAGGGCCGGCAGUUCGGCACCAAGUGCAGCUCUGGGGACCGCAUCGGCUGUGGCAUCGAGCUGGUCUCCUUCGAAGUGCAGACGGCCCAGAUCUUCUUCACGAAGAACGGGAAGAGGGUGGGCUCUACCAUAAUGCCUCUGUCCCCUGACGGGCUCUUCCCGGCCGUGGGCAUGCACUCGCUGGGCGAGGAGGUCCGGCUCCACCUGCACGCGGAGCUGGGCACCGAGGAGGACGACAGCAUCAUGAUGGUGGACAGCUACGAGGAUGAGUGGGGGCGGCUGCACGACGUGAAGGUGUGCGGCACGGUGAGUGAGCUGGGCUCUGGCGCUGGAGCCUUCCCUUUGGGUAGCGUGAGAUGGUUUUCCCUCUGCCUUCCCCGCCACCGCUGAGGGAGAUGGUGCAAGGCCAGGAGCUUGCGGGGAGCUCGCUGACCCCCAUGUGUGCUUGGGGUUCACAUCUUCCCCUGCCCUGGGAAGGACUCGGGGGCAGCAGGAGGGAUCGGCCCUACUCACUCGGGUGCUAGAGGGUGAGAAAUCUUACUGGAGUCUGUGGCUGGGAGGCAGCCGGGUUACGUGGUGCUGUCGGAGCCCAAAUUGGAACGCGUUUGGGCUCUGUGGGGAGCACAUCUGUCUCUAGUCAUCUCUCCCCCCGAGCUGCGGUAACUUGUUUUGCUGCUGUCCCUAUUGCCGUCGUGCCAAAGUCCCUGUUGGUACCCAGUGCCCCUCGCGCCAGGCGCUGCACAAACCCAGCGUCCCGCCGCGCUAUUGAGCGGAGCAAAGAACAAAUGGUGAGAGCGCCGCGGGGGGAGGCGUGGGGAAACGCCUGCGACAGAACAGGCCUUGAGCAUCCUCAGCGAGGCGCUGGGUUGGAGCCGAGUCCUGGGGCCUCGGCUCUUCCUGGCCUGAGCUAAGGCAGACGCUGCUGCUCCGUUGCUGCUUGAGGUCCUCUUGGAUCUGCAGGUCAAAAGCUCUUGCUUUGGUGUGCAGCAGACUUGAGGUUGGUCAGGAUCUAGGGCCUUGUGUGAUGUUUCUCCCAGACCUCUCGGGUCCUGCGAACGUUUGCACGUGUAUUUAUUUUCAGCCUUGCUUGGGGCAGGGUGGUGCUGGCCUUCACCCAGACCCAUCAAAGCCCUGGGAUGGCUCCAGCUGCCCAGAAAACCCAGCUCUCCCCUUCCCUGGCAUGCCAAGGUGUUUUCCAGGGGCCUAAGAGCAAGCGAGGCAAAUGGAUGGAGAGGAGGGCCGGUGGGGCCGGAUCGGAGACCUCGCGUGGCCCCUGACUCUGCCGGGAAGAGGGCUAAAACGCGCCUCCCGCAGCAGCGCGUCUCCUCUGCCUUCCCUUGCUGGGCUCAGCUCUGCUUGGAAGAGCUCCCGAGCUGUGAAAAUGGGUCAUUUCCCGUGGACGGAGCGUCUGCAGCCCUGAGCGAUCGGGCCUGCUGCUUGUUUAUCUGCUGCAGAUCUUGGUGUGUUUUCCCUCGCUAGCUAGAAAGCUUCCUGCCCCCUCCCGGA